AUGUCUCUGGCGUACCCCGAAGGCGAGUGCUUCUUCAAGCGCUCGGCAUUGAGGACUUCCACCUAUGAUCCCGACAAACCAGAACACUUCUACGCCCACAUGCUCGUCGAAUACAUCUGGAACCGGCCCGCAUAUAGUGGGGCAGGGAGCUAUUACACUCAAAAUGUGCACCAUCACCCACGCUCUUCCUACAAAGUCGUAAGGGGAGACAAUUGGUCUACAAGCUACGGAAACUGGUCAAAGAUCUUUUUCCUGUACGGUAAAUUGUCUCACAAUGCUAAGUACAGACAAGCAGAGCACAACCUCUGUGUCAACGGCAACCGGUUCCGGGAUCAAGAAAAGGGUGGUGCUCUGGAGUCGUGGUUUAUGGUGAUGCCCAUGCCGCUGUUGGCCAACGGGGAAGAAUGGGUUCUCAUUGAUCGGACGGCAUGCAUCCGCGCCAUCUACAUUCCCAUCGCCCAGCAAGCAUCGCAGGAUUACCCGGACAUAUGCACGUUUCUCCACGUCAACUUCGCGGUGGAACGGGAGAUUGGACUCCUGACCUAUUCCGAAAUGUAUGACGCAGACAACCGGAGCUAUAUAACCAUCCAUAACGAGAAUGCCUACAAACUUGAUGCCACGCUCGGUUUUCCGCCCGACGCAGGAUUGACCCUAGCCAUCAACGUCCGCAAGCUAGUCAACCUGCUCUCCCUGCCACGACCACUGCGAGCCCACAACUGCUUCUCGUCUCAUACCAUCGUCAUGGUGGAUCGGAAGCUGACGCCCACCCAGGGGUCCGCCCAGGUCUUCUCCGACUCGGCCGACCUCUGCUGGACGACCGUCGCCAAGGCGAACUACGGCCUCUCGAUCCAAUGGCAGCCCCCGGAGCCAACUACAUGGCUGGCCGACUUCCUCCGGAACAGCCUGACUAUAGCCGUCGGCUUCAUCCCUGUGGUUGGGCCCAUCGCGGCUGUUGCCUUCCCGCUGGCAUGGACCGCCGUUGCGGAUCCCGAGGCGUUCGAGAAAACAAUGCGAGAGUUGAUUCCCAUCGCAGACCUGGCUGCAAAGGUUGUCGAGGAAAUCAACAAAAGCGCCAAGGAGCAAGAGCAAUACCUGCCCAAAGGCUGGACUGCCCCCGGCAAUGCCUUCCGGAUACCAUCGGCGACAGCCCAACCCGGAGCAGGAGCCGGGGGUGGGCAAGCAAAACCUUUGCCCGAGGUAGCUAAGAAAGACCAGGCCGCCAAGGAUGCGAUGGUGAAGAAACUCGAGCCAGUCCGGAACUUCAAAUACUGGAACCUGAUGAAGCCUGUAUCGAUGCGUAUCGCGGCCCCGGAACAAGCCAAACCAGCCAACGAGCCGGAGAUCCCUCCGCCGGUGGCAGUGCAGGUUGUCAGCGUGCCGGAGGCGCCUCCGAAGCCGUCGCUAGAUGAAUUGAAACCAAGCACGACCUUUCAGUUGGCCGGUCAGGUUCUGCAGCAUUCAAGCGAUGCGGCAACUACGCUGGGGACUAGUGAUGGGGCCAUGGGUGAAACGAUCGAGGAGGUGAUCCCGGAGACUGCUCCUCCGGAAGCCGCUGGAUCGAACUGCUACGACUGGAUGGAUGAGUAUCUUGCGGAGGAGUUUUCGUUUCCUGAUGAGGAUCAGACAGAGUAAGCCGCGAGGUUGGGGAAUGACGCAUCAUUCUACUCUUUUGGUAUGAAAUGGUUUGGCGCAAUUUGCUACUUCAUGAUUCUGGUUUCGUAUUAUCCUUGUUUCACGAUACCUCAAUAUCGUUCACAGAAUGACCCAGUC